AUGAACAGCGUACCCAACACAUCUGAGCACCCGAUCCUGGCUACAUGCCCGGGGACACUUGACAUGGAUGAAGCUACACUCCGUAAGCUCACCCGUGCAAAGCUGCAGAAGCUCGCAAAGGAAAAUAAGAUCAAGGCUAACAUGAAGAGCGAGACGAUUAUCCAAGAGCUCCUAAAGCUCUGCAAGGUUGUUCGACCACUUCAAGAUGAAGGAAGUGAAGAGACUCCGAGGAAGAAGUUAAGACUUAGCGUGCAAGACCAGCCUCCUUCUGGGCCAACAAGAGGAGCUUGCGAGGAAAUUCCUCCAGUCGCUGGUGCAUCAACACAAAUCAUGGACGUACCUGUGGACACAAAUCUUGAUCAUCCUGCCGCCCAGGAAGGUUCUCAGAAAUCUGCGCUCCGUCGAGAAGAAAGUGCUCCGACUGCAGCAGCCAGAGAUACUGCCAACAUUGCCGCUGUGAUUUCAGCAGAAAUGUUACAAGGCCCUUCACCGUUACUGGAAAACACUGGGCACCCGGCUCCGGACGAUGAUACCAGCGAUGCUGAUUCCUAUUUGUCCUACGCGGAUCAGCAUAGCUCUCCCUGCAGCUCGCGUUCAGGGACCCCUCCGGCCGAAACACCACAGAUGCUCAACCGAUCAGUGAUGGUUAUGAACCACAUCACAUCCGACGAUCAGCGUAUUCUCGCUCAGGCUGCCGCUCUGCGCAAGAGAGCGAAAAUGUUGAGGGAGCAGGCGAAGAAUGUGAGGGAUAUAGUGCGCGCGGAGCAGGGACGACGUGAGAGAUUGGAGGCCUACUUCACGUACUGGAGGGAGAUACCGCCUACAUGGCCAAGGGAAUGGAUAUAUGGUGAUGAAGAAGAAGAGGAGUAG